AUGUAUCAGCUAGUCAACGCAGAUGGGUACAAGUACCCCGGACGGGACACCUAUGUCUUAGAUAUCCUGCCGGUUGCAACUGGAUUUGCGACAACAGCUUCCGAUCAAACUCUCAAUCUCUUUGACCCCUUGAGACUGAGCCAGGGGCCAAUCAAGACAAUCCGGACGGACCAUGGGAACCUCACCGCAGCAAAAGUUUACAGCACCGGGGACUCGGUAGUCUGCACCACGGGAGAGAACGGCACUAUCUCGGUGUGGGAUUUGCGCCUGGACCCUUCUACUGCCCGCGCAAUGCAAAUAGGGGGAAACCUUCCUGGUCUACUAUCCCUAGCCUGCUCAGAUGCGACCAACACGGUAGCCGCCGGCACAGAGCUCGCCAAUCACCAAGCCUCCAUCAUCAUUUGGGACCUCCGUUCCCCGGCCGCACCGCGGAUGCAAUACAACGAGGGCCACUCCGACGACAUCACCGAACUCGCCUUCCACCCGCAGACACCCACGCACCUCCUCUCCGGCUCGACCGACGGCCUGCUCAACCUGACCAACACGCUCAUCGGCGACGAAGACGACGCGGUCCAAGCGACGUUCAAUCACGGAUCCGUGCACCGCGCAGGGUUCCUGGGCGGCGCCACGGGCGCCACGGAGGUGUUUGCCGCGUCCCACGACGAAAAGUUCGCCGUGUACGACACGGCCGACGAGACGCCGCUGCGGGGCGCGGCGACGCUGGACCUGGGCGACGUGCGCCCGCUGCUGGGCUGCCAGUACCUCGCCGAUGUGGUGGGUAAGGCGGGCGGGAUGGGGGCGGUGGUGGGGGUCGGGGCGCAGGAUCAGGAAAUGUUCCAGUUGAUUCACCUGUCCAAGGGCGCCGGUGGGUGGGGGUUGGAUAGGGACACCGUUGUUGGGCUGCCGGGGGCGCAUGGAUCGGAGUUGGUGAGGAGUUUCUGCUUCUAUGACGAGCAGCAGCUGGUGUUUACCGCUGGGGAGGACGGCUGUGUCAAGGCUUGGAGGCCAGGGAAUUAA